AUGGAGUCCCCCGGCAGCACAACGGAGUUGCACACGGUUCGCUUCCUGCGCAGGGAAGGCCUGGAGGCGCUCACCCAGAAAUUCGGCCUCCUGAGCAGCUGCCAUGGUGCUCACCCCAACCUGGUCCUCUUCAAGUACGACCAAGUGGACUCGCCGUUCGACGCUGUGGAGGUGCAAGAGUGUCGUGGCCUCAUCGUGGAUAAAGAUGACGACUGGCGACCAGUGGCGAUGCCGUUCCUCAAGUUCUUCAACUACGGCGAGUCGAACGGCGCCGACGUCGAUUGGAGCAAGCCCGUGCGGGUGAUGGACAAAGUCGACGGCAGCUUAUCCACGCUGUACUACUACAAGGGCGACUGGCACGUUUCUUCGUCGGGCAGACCCGAUGGCGGAGGGUCGGACCCCAACCGUAAGCUCUUCCGCGAUCUGUUCUGGCAAACAUGGAAGGCCAUGAACUACACCCUGCCCGACGAGGAGCACCAGCACUACUGCUUCAUGUUCGAACUCUUCUCGGCCGAGAACAGGAUCAUCGUUUCUCCCCAGGAGGAACUACUCCUCUUGACCGGCGCCAGGAAUAUGCAAACACUGCAGGAAGAGGACCCCGCCAUCUUUGCCGAACGAUACGGCUGGCGCAUGCCCCAAUUGUUCGAGUUCAAGAGCCUGGUCGAGGUGACCGAGGCUGCCAAGGGCAUCAACCCGCACUUCCGUGAGGGGUUCGUCGUGUGCGACCACCGCUUCAAUCGAUUGAAGAUCAAGAGUCCGCUGUACGUAGCUUUGGCCCAUCUGACGCGCAAGGACAAGAGUGCGCUGAACAAGCGGAGAAUGCUGGAUAUUGUGCGACACAACGAGGGCGGCGAAUUCCUCACCUACUUUCCCCAGUGGACGUCCCUCUACAACCAGGUCAAGGAAAGGUUCGACGAGCUUUGCAACCAGGCGGAGAGCGCGUGGGAGGAGCUGAAGGGGAUCGGUAAUGAGCGAGACUUUGCCAACGCGUGCCGCACUCGCAACGUUGUCGCCGACUACCUCUUCGCGAGAAAGAAGGACCGAGUAGGCAGCGCCAGGGCGUUCUAUGGCGGGAUGCCGGAGAAGAAGCUGGAACAGAUACUGCCGCGAUGGAAGGCCCUCGUCGACACCACGCCCAGCCUGACCCCCCUGGUGGUGGAAGCCCAAACCGACGAUGAAGAGGCCAGCACCGCCACCACCGAACUGCCGGACGAGGAGGAACGCAACGCGGUCUAA